UGCUGUUCUGUGUUGUGUUUCCGGUGGCAGCCGUCGUGGCGGCAGAUCGUGGGUCCCUGAGUGAAAACACCACAUUUUCUCGGAAGUUAUUUAAUUUGGUCUCUUCUCUGUGAUAGUGCACUUAGCUUGCCCGCACUCCAACACGGACCAUGUACCGGCCCGGUAAACCUUCACACGGGCCGCCGCCGUUCGGACCCCCGCCGCCCCACGGCCCUCCCUUCAGACCCGGAGGGCCCUGUGGUGCUGCUCCUCACCCCGGACACUUACCGCCGGCACCUCGCGGGCCAUUCUCGGAUAACCAUUUCCUCCACAACAGGACUCCAAGAGGACAUUUCAUCAAUCCCCACUGUAGCAGCUUCUCCAUAGACCAUAGUACAGGGACUGGUUUGGGAGGCAGCCAGCAGAUUGUCCGUCCUGCACAACCACCGCACAUUCAGGUCCCACAGUGGAACCCACCUCCUGUGGAACAUCAUCUGCCAGACAGCAGCGAACGAGCCGGCGAGGAAUUCCUGAGAUGCAUCGCAGCCAACAAGCCUCUCCCGGACUAUCUCAAAGGAAACAUGGCAUACAACCUGGCUGAUGCAUUGAAGUCGGCCAGCGCCUUAAAAGAAGCGCUCAAAUCAGACCCGGGGCUUCAGAAGCCUGUGUCCAGGAGCCGUAGUCGAAGCCCCGACAGAUCUCGUGCCAAGAGCCGGGGGCGAAGCAAAAGCCAAGCACCCGGCCAGAGCAGAGCGAGGAGCAAGAGUCGUGCUCGGGGAAAGAGUCGAGCAAGGAGCAAAAGCAGGGCGAGGAGCAAAAGCAGGGCGAGGAGCAAAAGCAGGGCAAGGAGCAAAAGCAGGGCAAGGAGCAGAAGCAGGGCCAGAAGCAGGGCAAGGAGCAGAGCCAAAAGCAGAGCCAGAAGUAGGAGUAGGAGCUGGAGCCGGAGCGAAAAGAAGAGUCAUGUACGGAGCAAGAGCCGGGCCAGAAAGUCCAGGUCACGAAGUAGCAGUGGUGAAAAGAGCCACGGCAAAGACAAAAAGAGAAAGAGGAGCCCCAGCCCCAGCAGCAAUAAUCUGACAGGAAACAGUAUUUUAGAAGGACUGAAGAUGGUCAUGAACAGCAAAGAGCUGGAGGAGCGGCUGCCCACCCUCAAAGAUGCUAUCCUCACUAUUCAGGGCUCAGGUGACAGCAAGAAAGUGGAGCCUGUGCCUGACAAGCACAGAUAUCAGCAACAGCACAGCAUUGAAAAUCCAACAUCGUUGGAAAAUGACAGCAUGCUGCUUCCCCACGACAGAGUAGGCAGUGACUUCUCAUGGCUCCAGGCUCAAAGUCAAGAAGACUCGACCGCCCUGAGAGCUAACGAGCUUGAAGAUGAAGAGUCGUUCCUGUAUGGGAAUGAAGACGCUGCCGGAAAACCAGCUUAUAAAUCCCCUACCGCACUUUUUGCGGCAUUUUCCCAGAUGGGAGAAGGUGCCAAACCACUGGAAAAAGAUAGUUCAGGCAGUCGAGAUCAUCACCAGAACCAGCAGCCCAUGUUCAGUAGCUUUGGGGAUCUGCUCGAUCUGAAGCAGCCCCUUCAUGCGACGUCCUCGAGCGUAGGCUCGGCCGGUCUGGACAGCAGCGAGGGCGAGAGGAUAAGGAACAUUUUAAAAGGUCUGGGCAAGGUAGACCUCAGCGAGAUCAUGGUUAAGAUGCAGGAGCAGAAAGAGGCGAAGCAGCCGUCUCCUGCACCUCCCGGUUCGAUCCUCACAGCAGCAGGCUUAGCGCUGCCUGCACUGAACAACCCCAACGUACGGCAAGCUCUGGAGUCUUUACAGUCACUGAUCAAAGCUACGAAGGAAAAGCGGGAAAAAAGUGAUGGCAGUGGUACAUCUCAGACAUCCUCCAAUAAACACAAGACAGGUGAUGAGGAGGACUGUAAGAAAGAGAAACAAGCCAGAGCGAAUAAAAUUGAAUCCUUGAUGAAAGAAUUGGAAGGAUUGCUAAAGCAGGACGGAUUGAGUUUUCUGACACCAGUAAUUGGAUUUUACUGCCAUAAAUGUGAGGAGUUCAUUAGCGAUUUAAAAAGUGGUGAAAGCCAUGCAGCCAGCCAUCGUCAUGGCAGCUCCAGCAGUAAAGUGCAGGCGGACAAGCGUGCUGGAGACAACAAGGGACACUCAAGCCAUGUAAGCAACAGCUCUCAGCGCCCACACCAGUCCGACAAGAGAGAUCACAAGGACGGUUACGGUUACGGCCGAGACUCGGGGGACCACAGAGCUCACAGAGACCACCAGCGGGACUGGAGGGACGACAGGGAUCACAGGAGCAAACCCCAGGAGGAGCGCAGGGGCCACGGGGCCGGGCAGCAGGGAGGAAACCUCUCCCUGAAGGAGGAGAUGAGGAAGGAGAGGCUGCUCAUAACGGUGUCCCGCGGACUGACGCCUCCUUCCUCGGGCCCGAGGGUGAAGGAGGAGGCGAACAAGGAGCAGAGCAAAGUCAAAGUGGAAAACACGGACGGAAAAUCGGGAAAAUCAUCCAAAGGCAGCAAGGAAAAACAUGAUGAAAGCAGCGAUAGUAGUGACGAUGAUAAGGGGAAAAAGCACAAGACAAAAUCUCCUAAAAAGAAGAAAAAGAAGGAUAAAAAGAAGAAGAAGAAGUCCUGAUUGUAAUAUAAUGGUUCCCAUAUCUGUACUGGACUGAUCCCUGACGUGAUGUUCCUUAAUUUAAAGGUCCAACUGUUGUCUUUGCACUCCUGCAACCAAUGCUGUGGUUUGUUUUUCUCUUCCCCUCGGUUAGUUAUGUUUUACUCCUGUGAUCAGCAGAGGGAGGUAAGCCUAAAAUAAGUGGAUUUUUACAAGAUGAUUUAUGUGUUGGUUAUGGAUGAUAUGCCUGAAGUUUGCCCAUCAUUUCAUUCAAUGAAAUAAUAUCUUACUUUUCUGCAUUUUUAUCUGAAAUGACACAAGUCUUUGUCCUGUGCUGACUUUCUAUAAUAAAGAGAUGUGUAAAAAAA